CAGGCCCUCACUGACUCACUCCUCCGCAUAGCUCGCCACGUACACUUCCUCACAAAGAACGCGCCAUUUGCUUCUCUUCCCAUUUAAAAAAUUCUCCCCCAUCACACCUCCACACCACCACCCUCCCUUUUCUGUGCCCUAACUAAAACGGUAAAACCCUUUUCUCUCUCUCCUCCAUUUCUCCAUAACCCCGCCAUUUUCAUCACUUCUCGAUGACGCCACAUUCUUACUCUCUCGACUCCCAAUCCAAAUCCUCCGACCUCGCCGGAAAGUUCACCGGAGCUAAUUCUCCGGCACAAAUUUCCGCCGCUGUUUCUGCCGUCGAAUCUCACCUCACAGCUCAUUCUCCCGAUCAAAACCGCCAUUUCUUCUCCCUUGCUUUCCCCGCUCUUCUCUGCAAGUUCUUCGGCUUCGACGUUUCUUCGUCUUCUUCGCAAAGUCCGACUUCUCCUGUUGGUUGGAUCGAUACGGUGUCGUUUUCUAAUGAUUCUGACCUUGCUGGUAAACUCUUUAAUCUUCUCUCUCCUCAUGGAACCCUAAUGAACUUAAUUGUUGCUGUUGAUCGAUUAUCACUUGUUAAAUUUGUGUUUCCUGUUGAAAGGUUGCCUGAGUGGGUUAGGUUUUUGCUUACUAGUGAGAGAGAUUGUCGAAUUUUAUCUGAUUUGUGUCCUUUGUUUAAGGGGAGGAUAAAAGAGGAUGAAAUUAAGGGGAAUUUUCAGGUUCAUUUGAAUAUUUUUGAGUAUCUUGUGUUUUGGUUUGCGUAUUAUCCUGUUUGUAGAGGGAAAUGUGACAAUUCUAGAACUGUUUCGGUUAAGACUAGUAGGAAAUCUAAGUUGGAGAACUGGACCUCUUCGAUUCCCGUGAUUUCGAGUAGUAGUAAACGGCCCUCGGAGCAGAAGAAUGAUUGUAAUCUGUACUUGAAGCUUUUGUAUGCUUAUCUUCGUGCUUUCGUGCCGAUGGAUGAUGUGAACUCACAUCACCAGCCUUAUCGUAGCUCGCUUCUUCAUUACUCCGCGAGCUGUGAUGAUUCUGUUGUUCUGCGUGCGGAGUUCUUGGUUGAGACCUUGGUGAAUUAUUGGUUAGUGGAUAGUGACUUCUCGCCGUUAGCUGUCAAUGUGUGCAAAUCAUUUGGUUUGUCAUUUCCGUUUCGCUCUGUGUUGGGUGAGACACCCCCAGCGUCGGGGUUGGGAGAGGUGGUGAAGUUGUUGGUGAAGUACUUGAAUUUGAAUUCCGCAGUGGUUACUGAUGGGUCCAAGCAUGUUGAGUAUGGUAGUCCGUUGUGCAAGAAGUUGGGUUCGAGUGAUUUUAUCAAAACUAGAGAGGUUCCUUAUGUUUUACCUAGCUUGCCAUCUGGUGGCUCCUGGAAUUCCUAUAUCCAAAGGCCGUUGUAUAGAUUCAUACUGAGGACAUUUCUGUAUUGUCCGAUGGGGUCCUCUAUGAAAAAUAUCUCUGAGGUCUUUUCUGUCUGGAUCAAUUAUAUUGAGCCGUGGAAGCUACGCAAGGAAGAAUUCGCUGAGCUUGAUGCAAUGGCAGAUGCCUCAAAGAUAAGAUCAGACAAAGAUAGUGGUGACCCCAACCAGCCACAAUAUUCGAUCACUUGGCAAGGCUAUGUGCUGUCCAAUUAUCUUUUCUACACUUCGUUGGUCAUGCAUUUCAUUGGUUUUGCCCACAAGUUUCUUCAUACUGAUGCUGAACUGAUUGUCCAGAUGAUAUCAAGGGUGACGGACAUAUUAAUAUCUUCAAGAGAGCUAAUGGAGCUAAUUAAAAAUGUUGAUGCCAUUUUCCAUUCUAGAAAUGCUUUGUCUGGCAGAUUGGCACUCAGUAAUCUCAAUAAAUUUGUUCCACAGAUCCAUGAGCAACUUCAGGAUUGGGAGGAUGGCUUAAGUGAGAGUGAUGCUGAUGGAUCCUUCUUACAUGAGAAUUGGAAUAGAGACCUCAGACUGUUUAGUGAUGGUGAAGAUGGUGGCUCUCAGCUGCUUCAGCUUUUCAUAUUGCGAGCAGAAACAGAACUUCAGGCCAUCUCUGGUGAUAAUCUUGCGAACAACCUCCAACGUUUGCACUCUUUGAAGCCAAAGUUGCGCUGUUUAUUCGGCGAUCAUGUUGUGAUGCAGUCUCCUGUCUCUCCAAGAUCAGAACAGCAUCAACACUCCCGUGAUGAGCUAUUUAAGCCCAGGAGGUUUGGUAAGGGCUUAGUUGCCAAUGAUAACUACAAGGGCGAUUGGUUGAGGCGGCCCAUAUCAAAUGACGAGGUUGCUUGGCUUGCAAAGCUUCUAAUUCAUAUGUCAAGUUGGCUGAACCAAAAUUUGGGGCUAUAUCAAGGAGGACUUGAUGUUAGCUGUCCUUAUGUGGAACUACCAACUGAUGUAGUAAAUGAGUAUGGUAUGUCUGAUUUCCUGAAAGCUGCGAUGUGUUCUGUAGCCUCUUGGUUUUUAGCGGUGCGCUUGUUGAUAUCAAGGCUGUUGAUAAGACACGGACUGAAAGUGAACCUCAGGGUUUUUGCCUCUAAGAAGCUUGUAACUGUGGUGUUUCUUUUUGCCCUGUUCAGCAUGCUGCGGAGAGCUUUUAGGUCUAUUUGGUAGGAUCGAAUUAGCUGAUGGAAGAGUAGGUAAAAAAACAGGAAGAGUAUCUAUGGCAAGAUUUUGCGGCUUUGAAUUUUCUUUUUUUACUGUAAAUAGGACUUGCACACAGAUAGAUCUAGUGAAUUACUAUGGCAUUCUAUAGAUCAACUAUAUUGGAGCUCGUAUCUGCUGAUAGUUCCGUGUGUAUCUGUUUUGCUGGGCCAACUCUGGAGAAGGUAGAUGUUUGGUCGAUGGAGAAAAAUAUGGUGGAUUGCAGAUGAUUGCAGUACUUGAAGCUUUGAUCCUGUACGCUAUCUUAUUGAGAGGCCGGGAUUUGGAGUGCGAUUUCUUUGAAAGUGUCAUCACAGAAGCAAGUUUUUGUUUUGGCUUAAGAAAUGGAAUCUGACAGCAGGAAGUAGAUUGGUCAUGAAGUGUGGUUCAAGGACUCUACGCCUUGUUCUAGCGAUCAAGGACUGACGGCUGGAUACUGGAAGUCCUCAAAGUUCCAGUUUAUCCUGUGAAGAUAUAUAGAUCUUUGAUUGCAAAGACGGGGACUUGACUAAGGUUGUUUGUAACAAAGCCUUGGUUUUACGAUGUCUCUUUGGUAUAGUGAACACGCUCUUACACUUUUUUGUAAAAACUAAUGUAUGACAAUCUACAACUAAUCUUCUUAUUUUUUUUCUUUUUUAAAGAUACCAUUAAUACAUCUUAUUACUUGUGUGCU